AACCCAUUGAUUAGUCUGCAAUGCAAUGAAAUAAAUUGGUUAUGCCUUUUCGUUUUGUGAAACAAAAACCAGCUAGUAUUAGCUUAAUAAUUAGCACUAGUAAAUCUAUCAGAUUAGUUAUAAUGAAGUAGAUCACCUUAUAGUGGCUCCGCGGCUUUUACAUCAUUGUGUUGGUGGAAUAACAGCACAGCCUACUCCUAGUGGGGAGAGGGCAGGCGGGAGUUAUUGUAUCACCUGCAGAAACACAGUCACAGGUGAACCGAGCUUCGGAGACACUCCAGAGACAGCGCACUCUGUAGGCUACACGGACAUAGCUCAUAAUGACAUCUUGCCGUUUUUGACAGAGGCGGCGAGCUGUUCCUAAGGGAAGCUCAGUGGUGGGCUGUCGGACGUUGUAAGGGAAACGGAUGGGAAUGCUUCAGUUUGGAUGAGAAAUCAGUUUGCUUUGAGUCUGUUCGUUUUAUUCACGUUUAUGCCUGAGACUGUUUGAGAACUGUGGAUAAUAACUGUGCCCGAUGAUCUUGCACUCGGACUUCACAGCUUUGCCCCAUGCUGACGACCUCGUCGUGUGUCUUUGGCAGUCGCGGUUGUAGGAAACACUUGAAAGAUCUAAACUGCUGCGCCCAAGGCAAAUUGCUCUCCGGUGAUAACGAGGAAUACUUCAGACGACCGCGCGCAGUAAUAAGGCUGUGUGGAGCGAGUGUGCCACACACUUAAAGCGAACCCGGCGAUGGAGACUUCCAGGAAACUUGGCACCUUGGUCUUAUUGUCCUUUCUGUGGUUUCUCUCAGGUGGUGUGGCAGAGCUUUUACUGCCCCAGCAAAAAGCAGAGGUCAUCCAAGGCCAGAUGGCGGUGUUGCCGGCCUGGUACACCAACGCUGUGGCCGAAUCCAGCACCAGUGUCAUCUGGAGCCAAUUGGGAGACACAGCUGGUGACACACAGCUGAUAAUCUCCUAUGCAGCUGGCGUGACUACUGUGAGCAGCACUCAGUUCAGAGGUCGCGUCAGUUUCGUGCAUCAGAUGCCCAGCAGAAAUGUUUCCCUGUUCAUCAACAACACGCAGGAGUCCGACUCCGGACGCUACCUCUGCCAGGUGGUCAUACCCAGCAACCCGGUCACUGGGGAGAUGACCCUCAAUGUCAAGGUGCCUCCGUCCGUUCCUUCAUGUAAGCUGACGGGGCGGCCCAUGCUGAAGGGGAACGUCACCCUGAGCUGCAGCUCCAAGUCUGGAAAGCCAGUUCCUCUGUACAAGUGGACCAAAGCCAGCCCGAAUCAAAAUGUCUUCUUCGCUCCUAUGCUCAACGAAACAGCAGGCACCCUAAAGCUGACCAACCUCACCAGCAGCAUGUCAGGGAAGUACGUGUGCAACGCCUCCAACACAGCCGGCACAGAGACCUGCUUCAUCAACCUGGAGGUCAUCACCGCCACAAAUGCCGGCGUAAUCGCAGGAGCCACUGUGGGCUCAGUGGUGGGCUUCAUCCUCAUCAUCCUCGUCCUCAUUUUCCUAUGGACCAAGAGGAGGGAGGUGGAGGACGAUCUGGCUAAUGACAUCAAGGAGGACGCCAUGGCUCCUAAACGAGUGUCCUGGGCCAAGAGUGGAAGCGGCUCCAUCAUCUCCAAAAACGGCACGCUCUCCUCCGUGCACACCAGCCCGCUGUCCCGGGACCUCCACCACAGCAACCACAACUACACCCACCACCCGCCCUCCGACACCGCCUCCAUCCUCACGGCCACGGGCAGCAUGGCGGGCUACCGGCCCCGGCCCACCGCCGACACCUUACCGGGCUACAACACCAGUGCCACCCUGCCCCACUCCGCCUCCGCCAGCAACAUCGCGCGGCCCCCCAGCACCAACGGCGGCACGCUGCCCAGGCUGGAGCACGUCCAGCAGCAGGUGCCGCGGCCGCCCCCCGUGCCCACCGGCAUGACCGCCGCCAACAUCUCCCGCAUGGGAGGGGUGCCCAUCAUGGUGCCCGCCCAGAAUCAGGCUGGCUCCCUCGUCUAGCGCCAGCCCCCCAGUCCGUCAGCUCAGCGCUGGCCAUACAGGGUGUACUGAAUCUGGAUAUACUGGCUGACACCAAUCAACAAGAAAUACUGCUGACUUCAAUCAACCACACACACACUGUUUCAAGUGCUGAGCUAUUCUGAGGCCCGGUGUUGGAAAAGAGAGGAGAAUGGCGGCGAAUCCGAUCUAAAUUCGAUGAAUAUUACUUUAACGUGACGAUGAAAAGUCAUUUGGAAUUCAUUUCAGAGGACACGUGGCAUGAUGUAAUUUUCAUUAUUCUUUUUAUAUAUUGUUUUUUUUUUCAUUUCUAUUAAGUAUAUGCAACAUCUGUAAAAAAAAAUAUUGUUAAGAUAAUUUCAUGAUGUGAUGAUCAUGAUUUCAUGUAUUUUAUAGUGAGAUUGUUUGUAUUUUUUUAUAUUAUGUUUUCUCAGUGUAGGUUUUGAAAGGAAGUGAAAUAAUAAUUUCUCUGCAUUGCCCAAAAGCAAACGUCCUUUAUUAGAACAAAACGUAAGUACUAAUGUAGGUUUCAAUCCAUUUGUAUCUAUCUGAAAUUGUAUUGACAGUAUUUUAUUUUUUUAGCGACACAGGAAUAAUCCAAUUGCCUUCACCCACCUCACACCAACCCAACUUCUCCAGCUCCUCUCCUCGUAGUGAAGUUUUGAAUGCUUUGGUUGCAUAUGCACUGGCACCUGAUGCUUAGAGACAGAUGAAGCCUCAGAAGAGAUAGUGGGUGUAGGCAGGUUGGCUUUUUAAAGUUAAGUAAAGCCGUAGUAAAGCCAGCAGCAGUAUCUCGGAAGCAUAAAGGCGUAGUUCACCCAAAAACGACUCUGCCGUCAUAUCUUUAUCCUCAUACUUGUGCUCACCUAUAAAAUUAUUCUAAUAUCCAGAACUGUGCAUCAUUCUCCUCUGUUUGCAUUUAUUCUUUUAGUAGAUGCCAAAAAGCAUAACGCAUGACGUAAGGAAUAAUGUAUGGUCCGCCGGUCAGUCCUUUCAAUCCCUUCAGGACGAAAAACAAUGCAAUCUAAUGUAUAGCCCUCCGCUCCGCUACCCUCCGUUGGGGUCCUAUUCGUCCUGUCGGGAUUUAUUUUCCUAUACUGACCGGCGGACUAUACAUUAUCCCUUACAUAUACAUGUUCAUCAGUAUGAGUGCUCCCCAGGUAUCUAACCCAUGACACUGGUAUUGUUAGCACCCAGCUGUCCAGCUGUCCCUGCUCUGCACACCUGAUUGACCUUAUCAAUGGCACUUUUGAUUAGCUGAACAGGCACCUGGUUAGGCUACGCUGGCUUUAAUCAGGUGUGCAGGGAACAGAGGCUCACUGAGGACAUGCAGUGGAGAGGGGGCGGGGGGGCGGGGAACCUCUAGUUAUACGUUUUAAGUAUGUCAGUCAUUAUUUUAGGAUCUUUUUUUUUUUAAACCAAAGAAAGCCUAGGUCACAAGUCACUUCAGGUUCCUUUAAUUAAUGAAAGUAAUGUUAUUUGGAUGACGUCAAGGGAAAGUCUGUGGCUCAUAUGAAAUAAAAACAGUAAAAUUCUAGUUCAUUCAGUAGAAAAGAACAUCUUGCACAGCAGAGCUCGCUGCAGGUGAGGAACAAGCCAUUUCUAAACCUCAUCAGGGGUCAAUUAAGGCCCCUUUACUAAACACCUGAAUAGAUUACAAAUACAUGUAUAUUUACACAAACAAAUGAAUGAAUAAAUUAAUAUUCACCAGCUUACAGAUUGUGCAUAUAAAAAAACAUCCUCUAACCUUUAGGAUUUAGGUAUAUAUAUAUAGGUGUAUAUUUAGAACUCGUCAUGUCAGAAAAAUA